AAAAAAUUAGGGUUUUUGAAGUUUGAAGAAAGAGAGAAAGAUGAGUGCUUCAAGGUUUAUCAAGUGUGUCACUGUCGGCGACGGUGCUGUUGGAAAGACUUGUCUUCUCAUCUCCUACACUAGCAACACUUUCCCCACGGAUUAUGUGCCAACUGUGUUCGAUAAUUUCAGUGCCAAUGUGAUUGUGGAUGGGAACACUAUCAACUUGGGAUUGUGGGAUACUGCAGGGCAAGAGGACUACAAUAGACUAAGACCUUUGAGCUAUCGAGGUGCAGAUGUCUUCUUACUUGCAUUCUCUCUCGUUAGCAAAGCUAGCUAUGAAAAUGUUUCUAAAAAGUGGGUUCCUGAACUGAGACAUUAUGCUCCUGGUGUUCCCAUCAUCCUCGUUGGAACAAAGCUUGAUCUUCGAGAUGAUAAGCAAUUCUUUGCCGAGCACCCUGGUGCUGUGCCUAUCUCUACCGCUCAGGGUGAAGAACUAAAGAAGCUGAUUGGUGCACCUGCUUAUAUCGAAUGCAGUGCAAAAACUCAACAGAAUGUCAAAGCAGUGUUUGAUGCGGCUAUCAAGGUUGUCCUCCAGCCACCAAAAAACAAGAAGAAGAAGAAGAGAAAAUCUCAGAAAGGUUGUUCUAUACUGUGAUUCAACAAGAAGAAAGGAAUCAACAGGAGAAUUAGAGCUACAAGUAUCUGUUUUCUCCUUUUUCAUAACUUGUUUAUUCAAGGAAUCAAAAAUCUGGUGUUUGUAGUCUGAAAUUGACAAAGUUGAAGAACUAGUAACAAGUAUUUGUAUUCUUGUUUGCAUUUUGAUCUGUAAAUAUACCACGAAUCCUUGA